AUUUGUAAAACCCCAAAUCAUCAUCAAAUUAAAUCAAAUCAAAUUUUCCAUUCAAACCCUAAUUAUAACAUUCCCCCUUUUCUUUCUCCAAUCAAAUUUCUUUCUUUAAAUAGAUCAUCAUCACAUAAUAAUAUCUUUACUUAUCUUAAUAAACCCCAAUUUCCUCCUAAUUAGUUUUUUUUUUUUCCAUAUUUAAUUUUGUUAAAAAAGAUUUAAUCUUUUUGUUUGGGUAAAACUGGCGCGUAUGAUCUUGAUGUAAUGGCGGAACCGCCAGGUGUCCGCCACGUGUUAUCUAUAGUCAUAGUUAUUUUGCUUUCAUCUUCAUUGUUUAUUAAAUUAGGGUUAGGAUUUGAAGAAAGUUUGUAUCUUUAUUAUAAUAAUAAUUAUAUUUAUAAUAAUAGAAAGUUAAAUAAUUUGUAGUUAAAAGAAUGCUGAGUGUGCUGAGAGUGCACCUUCCUUCCGAUAUUCCGAUAGUAGGUUGUGAAGUUUCGCCUUACGUAUUGAUUCGUCGUCCCGAUAAGACUGUUACUACUGAUGAUGUACCUGAAUCUUUGCCUAUUGAUGGUCUUUUCUUGAGAUAUAAGUGGUAUCGUAUACAUAGUGAUAAGAAAGUUGCUAUCUGCAGUGUACAUCCAUCUGAACAAGCUACUUUGCAGUGUUUAGGUUGUGUGAAAGCGAAGAUACCUGUUGCUAAGAGCUACCAUUGCACUCCAAAAUGCUUUUCUGAUGCAUGGCAACACCAUCGUGUUCUGCAUGAGCGUGCUGCGAGUGCUGUUAAUGAAAAUGGAAAUGAAGAGGAGGAUAUUUAUGGACGAUUUAAUAAUACAACAUCCACGGUGAAUAAUAAUAACAACAGUACGAGUGUGCAAGCUGUUGCUAAUGGCACAACACCAUUAUAUCCGGCUGCAGUUACACAGAGAAAUGGUGGUGAAACUUGGUUUGAAGUUGGACGUUCUAAAACAUACACACCAACCGCAGAUGAUAUUGGCCAUGUUCUAAAGUUUGAGUGUGUUGUGGUGGAUUUAGAGACGAAAUCACCUGUUGGACCUGCAAGCACUAUAUUAACAUCUCGUGUGAUUCCCGCUCCAUCACCUAGUCCAAGACGAAUGAUUUCGGUCACUAAUGCUGAUGUGUCGGGUCAUUUGGAUUCAUCUUCAGGAACUUUUACCGUGCUUUCAUAUAACGUUCUAUGCGAGUCAAAUGCUACUAGUGAUUUGUAUGGUUAUUGCCCUUCAUGGGCCCUUUCUUGGCCCUACCGCAGACAGAAUUUGUUGAGAGAAAUCGUUGGCUACCUUGCAGACAUUGUUUGUCUUCAGGAGGUUCAAAGUGAUCAUUUUGAGGAGUUUUUUGCACCUGAGCUGGACAAACAUGGAUAUCAAGCUCUUUUUAAGAGGAGAACCGCUGAGGUUUACAAUGGCAGUAAUCAGACGAUCGAUGGAUGUGCCACAUUCUUUCGCAGAGACAGAUUCUCACAUGUCAAAAAGUAUGAGGUUGAAUUCAACAAAGCUGCCCAAUCUUUAACAGAUGCUGUGGUUCCCAAUGCCCAAAAGAAAACAGCUCUAAAUCGAUUGGUCAAGGAUAAUGUUGCACUAAUUGUUGUUCUAGAAGCAAAGUUCAGCAACCAAGGUGCUGAUAAUCUAGGGAAGCGUCAACUUGUUUGUGUGGCAAAUACUCAUGUGAACAUUCAGCAUGACCUAAAGGAUGUGAAACUAUGGCAGGUUCACACACUGUUAAAAGGAUUGGAAAAGAUAGCUGCUAGUGCAGAUAUUCCCAUGCUAGUAUGUGGUGACUUUAAUUCAGUUCCUGGAAGUGCUCCUCAUGCGCUUCUUGCAAUUGGAAAAGUUGAUCCGAUGCAUCCUGAUUUAGCCGUUGACCCUCUUGGCAUCUUGCGACCUGCUACAAAACUGACUCACACUCUUCCAUUGGUUAGCGCAUACUCGUCAUUUGCUAGAAUGGGGGCUGGUAUUGGUUAUGAGCAACAGAAGAGGAGAGUGGACCCGAAUACAAAUGAACCCUUAUUUACAAAUUGCACAAGAGACUUCAUUGGUACCCUUGAUUACAUAUUUUACUCAGCGGAUAGUUUGACUGUGGAAUCGUUAUUGGAGCUCGUGGAUGAGGAUAGCUUACGGAAAGAUACAGCGCUACCUUCUCCAGAGUGGUCAUCGGAUCACAUUGCACUUUUAGCUGAAUUUAGAUGCCAACCUCGGGCUAGACGUUGAUGCAUUUUAGAUCAAGCUGAAAGACUAAAUAAUGACGAUAAAAGUAAGGGGAAACCCCAACGGACACAUUGUAAGUGAAAAGUGUGAAAAAAAAAGUAGAUCGAUAGCCUUUGUAGGGAAUUUGUGCAAAUGAUCUACAACUCUGUAUCAUGCUACCCUUGACUCAGGAAAAUGGACCAUAUUCAGUUCAGUUCAGUUUCGUUUCUCAUUUCUUAUUUAAUAGGAAUAUAAUAUGAUUUCAGCAGUAUAACUUAGUUAUGACCCAUGAGUUGUAGCUCGUUCUCAUGGAGCAAGUUUUCCAAUGAUGGGGGCUAAUAGAGGAAGGAUUUUUUAGACAUUUUUUUGUUUUUAUUUUGAUAUGAUUACAUACGUGGCCCACAUGGAAUUGAGAGUGGUUGAAUUGAAUAGAAAGUCCAUGAACAUUUUCCUUUGUUUA